AAAAAACCAUCAAAGAUGAUGAAGCAAUUUCUCUUUUCAUUCUCUCUUUUUCUCUUCUUUCUUCAUUUGACCAAAACUCUAGCUUUGUCACCAGCAGCACCUCCUUCACCUAUUGGCCCUGCCAACAUCAUGAAAAUCCUUGAAAAGGCAGGCGAUUUCACCACUUUUAUCCGCCUUAUAAAAGCUACCCAUGUUGAUAUUCAGUUAUCCUCUCAACUUAAAAGCUCAAGUGAUGGCAUAACCAUCCUUGUUCCGAGUGAUACCGCGUUUUCGAGCCUUAAAGCUGACAGUUUAAACUCUCUAGCAGAUAAAGAGAAGGUGGAGCUGGUUCAGUUUCAUGUUCUUACACAGUUUCUGCUAUUUUCCCAGUUUGAUACUGUGAGUAAUCCUGUAAUGACACUGGCUGGAUCAGGUGGAAAGUUACUACUUAACAUAACAGUCACAGGGAAUGUGGUGAAUAUAACUACAGGAAUUGAUUAUGCAACCAUUUCUGAUACUAUUUAUUCAGACAACCAGGUUGCCAUUUAUCAGAUCGACAAGGUGCUGCUUCCUUUCGACCUUUUUGCUCCGGGGCCGGCAUCAGCAAAGCCGGCAGAGAGUCCUGAUAAUGAUGUUCCUAAGGAUGUUUCUAAAUCAUCAAGUUUAGUUUUGCAUUAUAGUAUUGUCCUCUUUGAAGUUGGCAUAGUUGCUGUAAUAGUCUCCUUGUGACACUGAAGCUGAAUUGAGUUUCUGAGUUUUAUCAAAGGUGAUGAUCAUCAACAGUUUCUUGAAUAACUUCUAAGUUUUAUUAGUUCUUUUGUGACUAAUAAAGAAUGCUGAACUUGUUGGAAUAUCGAAUCUUGAUGUAAUUAUAGACUAAUCAUCAUGAUAAAUAAAGGUUUAUCUAGACAAUAAU